AUGCAUUUUCUUCUAGUCGAUGCAUUUAGAAAACUUGGUUCUCCAACAGUUCGAAAUGAUGAUUUUUAUGAUCGUUUAAGCCGAAAAUAUUCACUUAUAUUCUUAGGCGUCUCAUUUCUUGUUGUUAGUACAUCACAGUUUGUUGGUCAUCCAAUUAAUUGUUAUACGCAAAAUAUUGCUGGUAGUCACAUAUCAUAUGUUAAUUGGGUGUGUUGGAUAUCAAAUUCAUAUUAUUUACCAUUUGAAAAACCUUUGCCAAAUAGAGAUCAGACAACACCCGAUAAAAUACCAUACUAUCAAUGGGUGCCAUUCAUUAUAUUGUGUAUGAUGUUUUUAUUUUAUUUACCUGGUUUUGUUUGGCGAAAUAUGAAUAAAACAUGUGGUAUAAAUACAAAAAUAAUUACAAACAUGGUUCUAAGUAUGGAUCAAUUAAAUUCUGAAACACGUGAAAAAACUGUUCGUUCAUUAGCAAAACAUAUUGAUAAAGCAUUAGCAUAUCAUCGUGAAUAUGAAUAUGGUUUUAGUUAUAAAGUACGUCGAUCUAUAGCAUCAAUAUUUCAUUGUUUAAAUGGUCAUACAUCUGGUAAUUAUUUGGCAUGCAUCUAUAUAUUUGUAAAAUUUUUGUAUAUUGCUAAUGCUAUUGGUCAAUUAUUUUUAUUAAAUUUAUUUAUGGGUAAAGAUUUUAAUAUGUACGGUAUAAAUGUAUUAAAUCAAUGGUUUCGUGGUAGUGAUAUGGAUGCUGUUGAAAGAUUUCCUCGUAUAACAAUGUGUAAAUUUAAAAUUCGUACAUUGGGUGAUAAUAUUCAACCUUAUGAUGUUCAAUGUUUAUUACCAAUUAAUAUUUAUAAUGAAAAAAUAUUUUUAUUAAUAUGGUUUUGGCUUGCAUUUGUUGCUGCUGCAUCGAUUUACGGUCUUAUUAAAUGGUUAUAUUAUUUUACAUCUAAAUCACGUACAGAUUUUAUUCAACGAUUUUUAAGAGCAAAUGAUAUUCAUUAUAGUGACUCAUCGAGUCAAACAUUAGAUCAUCGUAGUUCACAAUUACCACCACCAAAACGAUUACAUGAUUUUAUUAAUAAUUAUUGUCGACAAGAUGGUAUUCUAUUAUUAAGAAUUGUUAAGAAAAAUACCAAUAAUGUUAUUGCUGGUGAAGUUAUUUGUGCUUUAUGGGAUAAUUGGAAAGUAUAUCCACAAUUUCGUUCAAAUACGACACCCGAAUCAGAUAGUGGAAUUAUGGCUAUUGGUGUACAUGGUAGUGGAGAGGGAGGAAAUGAUAAUCAAGCAAUGAAACAAUUGCUGAUGCCUCAGAGAUUACCAUAA